AUGUGUAGUAUCGAGGAACCGAUAUUGGUCAAAGAGCAGGCGCCUUUAUCAGCCGGUAAAAAGUGCAUAAAAUGCAAGAUAGCUAAAGCUACGAUACUGAUACGAUAUUCUACUUAUUGCAAAUCAUGUUUUCAACAUGUUUUUGUUGGAAAAUUUCGAAAAAAUCUCGAGAAAUCACGCGUAAUUCAUUCUGCACCCGAUGAAAAGGCAAUGGUUGCGUUAUCGGGAGGCCCGUCAUCAAGAUGCUUACUUCAACUAUUGCGUGACUAUUGUGAACCAUUGCCACACGAAAUAUCAAAGAAAUCUACGUUUAACGAGAUCAAAAUUUGUCAUGUUGAUGAAAGUGUUGCGAUAUUCGAUGAACAAGAAAAGGAGAAGGAAAAUAGUACACUAUGCAAAGUAGAAUCGAUAGCCAAAAAAUACAAUUACGAAUUUAUAGGACUGAGAUUAGAAGACAUUUUCUCGCCUGAAUAUACAUCUAGUGGAUUAUAUGAUAAUUCUCUUCUUGACGCCGUAUCGACUCUUACAUCCAAAGAAGAGUUGUUGUGGCAUUUUAAAAUGUGUUUAUUGAUGCAAAUGGCUCGUAAAAAAGGAUGCACAAGAUUAUUUAUGGGCGACUGUUCAACACGUCUUUCGAUAAAAAUUAUUUCGUUGACGAGCAAAGGACGUGGAUUCAGUUUGCCAUUGGAAACAUCAGGGGAAUGUAAUUUGUUUAAGGCAGAAAAGCAUUACGAAUUUAAUUUUCUACUCUGUCAGAAUAAUAAAAUUGUUAACUUGGAUUCAAUAGAUGUGAUAAUAUUAAGACCAAUGAAAGACAUGCUUUCCAAAGAAAUCGGCAUUUACAAUCAAUUUACUGGACUGGUCGAUGAUAUAGUAAUUACUCCUACGUUGACUUCAAUGAUGUCUGUAGCAUCUAGCAUCGAGAGGUUAACUGAAGAUUUCAUCGUUGGAUUAGAGAAAGACUACCCUUCAACAGUUAGCACGAUUGCAAGGACUGGUGCAAAGUUGACACCGUCGAAUUUGAUUAAUUUGGAACAGAGUUGUGCCGUUUGUAUGAUGCCUUACAAGGAAGGAAUCAAAAAUUGGCAAAACCGUAUAACAGUUCACAUGAAACAACCACCACUAGCACCUCCGUCACCAUUUACAUCACCUUCGCAAAAUUCGAUUUCCAUGGACUAUAAUAAUUCGUCGUGCCAAUGCGCAUCAAAUGAUACAUUAUGUUAUGCAUGUCUUGUUAACAUGCGUGAUAUCAAAAAAGUCGUUGAAUUUCCACCAUAUGUCGCUGAUGCCAUCCUACAAAAAAUACAAAAGGCCACAAAUGCCACCAUAGCCAUCUCACCGACAGCAAAUCGUCUGAAAUACAAAUUUUUCGCUACGACAAACUUUAAUAAUAAAUCCUUAAAGACCGAUUACGUCGGAAUACCUGAUACAAUAUCAAAUUUACGGCCGAUCAAAUAUUAUAUACCUGAAAAUGCAUCUCCGGAGGAUACCGAAUGGCGACUACACAGAGAACGCAUCGAUCAAUUCAACCACCAGUUCUGGACAAGCAACAACGAAUUAUUCAUUGUCGAGAAACAAGAAUACGAAAAUCAACUCAAAUUAAAAACCGGCAAAAAACCAACUUCAGCAGAAAUAUCAAUUUUCUACAAGGACUUUCUGGAUAAAGCGUAUGAUCGUCAAAUGGCUUAUAAUCAGCAGUGGUGGAAGGAGAACAUCAGGAUGCUGUUACCUGGUGGAAAAGCCGCUAUUCGCAAUUUUAGGAUUUGGAUGCCGAAAAGAUCACGCACUCGAAUUUCUUUUUUCGAGAAGAAUGCAUCAUCAUGA